CGUAGGGGAAUAAGGGAGGGCUAACACCAGAGAGAAGACCGCUUCCCUUAGUCCCCAAGUAGUGAUUGUCCGACUGCGUGCCAGCAUACAUCUCCAGAGUCCUCUUCCUCCAUCCACCAGGACCCCUUGUUCCCAGCCCCCACCUCUGCCCUCCUUUUUGCCUGUCUCCCAGUGCACCCCUCAGACGGCGGGAGCGGACGGCCGCAUUUCCGUACCACACAGGAUCUUGACUUGAAGGAGUGAGAAAGACCCAAAGUUCAAAAUGGGAGCUGGAGGAAGUGUCGAAGACAAGGCAUUAGCCGCAAAGUCCAAGGAGCUGGAAAAGCAGCUGGCGGAGGAUGCAGACAAAGAAGCCAAGACAGUCAAGCUUCUGCUGCUUGGUGCUGGUGAGUCUGGGAAGAGCACAAUUGUCAAGCAGAUGAAAAUUCUCCAUCAAGGUGGUUAUACCAAAGAAGAACAAUUGGAGUUCAGGGCAAUCAUCUAUGGUAACAUCUUGCAGUCUGCUCUGGCCAUUAUCAGAGGCAUGGAGAUGCUGACAAUUGACUUUGGAUCACCAAAGGGAUCUGAAGACGGGCAGAAGCUGUCCAACCUGUCAGACUCCAUUGAAGAGGGCUCAAUGCCCCCUGAGCUGGCUGAUGUCAUCAAGAGGCUCUGGAGUGACAGUGGUGUCCAGGCCUCCUUCGAGAGAGCAGCUGAGUACCAGCUCAACGAUUCAGCUGGCUACUAUCUUGGAGAAUUGGACAGAAUCACAAAGUCUGAUUACCUGCCCAACGAGCAGGAUGUGCUGCGUUCUCGAGUCAAGACCACCGGUAUCAUCGAGGAGCAGUUCUCCUGCAAAGAGCUGCACUUCAGGAUGUUCGAUGUGGGUGGCCAGCGGUCGGAGAGAAAGAAGUGGAUCCAUUGUUUUGAGGGUGUAACCUGCAUCAUCUUCUGUGGAGCCCUCAGUGCUUAUGACAUGGUGCUUGUAGAGGACGAUGAAGUGAACCGUAUGCAUGAGUCUCUUCAUCUGUUCAACAGUAUCUGCAACCACAGGUUCUUCGCCACCACCUCCAUCGUACUCUUCCUCAACAAGAAGGAUCUUUUCGAGGAGAAGAUCAAGAAGGUCCACCUAAGCAUCUGCUUCCCCGACUACGAUGGCCCCAACACGUAUGAUGAUGCCAGCGACUACAUCAAGAAGCAGUUUGAGGAGCUGAACAUGAAGAAGGGUGUCAAAGAAAUCUACUCUCACUUGACCUGCGCCACGGACACAAAGAAUGUUGAGAUUGUGUUCGGAGCCGUGACAGACAUCAUUAUCAAAGAGAACCUAAAAUCUUGCGGUCUGUUCUAAGCAGAAACACAAAAAAGAUGUUAUUUUCCCCCUCAUCCCUUCACUUGGAUUCAUGUUGAAGUUGAGCAGUAGGAACAGAACGCACAACAGAAGGCUUUGUAAUGGCAUAAGACUCUUCAGACCCUUCAAUUCUAGACUAUCCCAUCCCUUCCUUCCUAACUCCUGACACCCUAAAUGAUGAGUAAUGAAUGCAAACACUAGGGAACAGCACCCAAUUUACUCCAAAGGGAGUUAACACACAUCCAACAAAUCGAACAAAGAUGGCAACAUGUCCCUCCUGGAGACCAUGUGGAUGAUGAUGUCCUUCAGAUGGAAAUAAGGAUAAGAAGUCAGAAGAACAGCAGAAUUAACACUUGUUUGAUAUAGGUACUUUGUUAUUCUGAAUUAUUUCUGGUUCUUUAUGAUGGGUUUGUGUUGAGGAAAGUGUCCAAAGCUGCUCAGGACUCCUAUUGAUAAACUUAUGAAAGAAUAUGUUUUGAGGUGAUCCAUCUUACUCAACAUGGUCAGAGUGAAGUCCUUUCCAGUAACAUUGCUCUUGCCCCAUGAUUUAUAAUGUUUUUAUCUAGUUCUAAGUAUCUCAAAUUAGAACUCUGUUUGGAUAUGCCUACUGUUUUACACCAGAUGUAACACAGUAAAAAAACAUAUUUAGCUAAUUCCAAUCAGUGAGUUCAAAUAGCCAGGUCUAAACUGGAAUUUAAGUAAAAGUACCCUCAAAACAAGUUAGCAAAGUAUUUUGUAAAUACAAUAGUAGAUUAGUGGGCCUUAUAUAUUAAUAUUAAAAUAUGUAUCAAAAUGUUCAGCAUCAGUGACAUGUCUAGUGAUGUACAUGUAUAUUUCAUUUUGACUAUUGACAAUUGAACCUGUAACUCUGACCGGUCUUGCGAAAGAUAAGACAUUCAAAAUAAAGAUCGACAUAGAAACUGCCAA